UUCGUCUCGUACCCACACUCCACCCUCCCUCUUCCAAAGAACUAAGCAAAAAUGUCCAGUAAAGAAUUACCACUCAAGCCCCAAACCCCAACCCCGGGCCUCCUUCUCUCCCCUCUCUCCACUCCCAUCUCUCUCCAGUUCAUCGACCUCUCCUACCGGGUAAAGCUAACCGGAAAGAACACUUGCGGAGGCCUCGCCAGAGGAACCCCACAAAUGCCAGAGGAGAGAACAAUCCUCGACGGAAUCACCGGUCAGGUCGCUUCCGGUCAGCUUCUUGCCGUCCUGGGCCCCUCUGGCAGCGGAAAAUCUACUCUUCUAACCAUCCUCGCGGGCCGUCUUCCUGGCCGCCACGGCGGCUCCGUCCUCGCCAACGGCCGUCCCGCCUCCCGCUCUAUCUUUCGGCGAAUCGGUUUCGUUCCACAAGACGACGUCCUCUAUCCCCAUCUCACCGUCCGCGAAACUCUCACCUAUUGCGCGAUGCUACGGCUUCCACGAUCGGGAGAAACUGAACGAAGGGAUAGGGUUAGGGCAUCCGUGGAAGCGGUCAUUGGGGAGCUAGGGUUGACUGAUUGCACGGAGACGGCGAUAGGGGGAGCGUUCGUUAGGGGUGUUUCUGGCGGCGAGAGGAAGAGGGUUUCUAUUGGGCACGAGAUGCUGUUGAACCCAAGUGUUGUGGUGGUUGAUGAACCGACAUCGGGCCUUGAUGCGACAGCGGCGGGGAGGAUGGUGGAGCUACUGGUAGGGAUGGCGAGGAAGGGGAGGGCCGUGGUGGCGUCCGUGCACCAGCCAUCGAGUCGUGCAUACCAGAUGUUCGACGCUUUGCUUCUCUUGGCGGAGGGGAGGUGUUUGUAUUUUGGGAGGGCUCGCGAUGCUGUAGAGUACUUCGGUUCGAUAGGAUUUGCGCCGGCGAUGCACGUUAAUCCGGCGGACUUCAUGCUUGAUCUUGCCAACGGAGUCGCUAAGAUGGAUUGCCAUGGAGAUGUAGAGGAGAAGAUCAGUGUUAAGCAAUCUCUCAUCUCCUCCUACGACAGAAUGUUAGCUCCUCGGGUAAAGGCCUCCAUCAAUGCUUCCAUCACCGCAUCCAUCGCAUAUGCUAAAGCCACUACAAUAGGUAAUGAUUUCUCAUGUGCUCAGUAUCUUUCAAAGUUUGAAGAAAGAAAGAAAGGGGCCAUAUUAUAUAUAGCUGGGACCGAUGUAUCUUUUUAUGUCCACCAACCAGGAAGUGAAAGAUCCAUUAAUCAAAAAGAAGCAAAAGACUUCACCAGAAUCAGUUGGUUCAGCCAAUUCUCCAUCCUCCUAUGUCGCAGCCUCAAGGAGCGCCGGCACGAGACCUUCAAUUCUCUUCGCAUUCUCCAAGUCAUUGCAGCUGCAUUCCUUGCAGGCUCCAUGUGGUGGCACUCAAGCAUCAAAAAUGUCAGGGACCGGCUUGGCCUGCUCUUCUUCAUCUCCAUAUUCUGGGGUGUCUUUGCAUCCUUCAAUGCGGUCUUCACCUUCCCCCAAGAACAGGCAAUCUUCAUCAAGGAGCGUGCAUCUGGAAUGUACUCUCUCUCCUCCUACUUCGUAGCCCGAAUGGUCGGCGAUCUCCCAAUGGAGCUCAUCCUCCCAGCCAUAUUUUCCAUCAUCAUCUACUGGAUGGCGAGGCUUCGACCCGAGCUUGACGCUUUCUUGCUCACACUGCUUGUGCUUCUCUUCUAUGUGCUCGUGGCGCAAGGACUUGGUCUAGCUAUGGGAGCUGCAAUCAUGGAUGGGAAACAGGCAUCCACUCUGGUCACCAUUACAAUGCUUUCUUUCCUGCUAACUGGAGGUUUUUACGUACAGGAUGUACCAAAUUGCAUGGCAUGGCUCAAGUACACAUCCUUUACUUUCUAUUGCUUUAGAUUACUCAUUGGUGUUCAAUAUAGAGAUGAGAUGAGUUCUUACUUGGGAACGUCUGGCGUCAGGGAAAUUGAAAUAGAGGGUCAGGUCAGCAUUGCGGUAAGCAUUGUAGCCUUAGGGGCCAUGUUUGUUGCUUAUAGACUUCUGGCAUAUGCAGCACUUAGAAGGAUCAUAGUAUAAAUAGGAAGCUUCAACAGCUAGAGCCGAAGUUACUGAAGGCCUAUAUUCUUUUUUUUUUUUUUUCCUGCUGGAGAAUAGCAUGAAAUGGCAGAGAAUCUCAAUUAAGAGCAAGUGUACAGUAGCUAUGGAAAGACGUGUUAGAGAAUCUAACAUAUAGGAAUAAUUGUCAUGAAGCAUUGAUCGAUGCAUCUGUUGAGCCAAUGCUAGAAA